AUGGACACUGACUUUUCUUCAACCAUUGACUUUAGAAUAAGAGAAGACUUGGUUAGUUCGAUUGCGAAAUGCCAAAUUCGUGGGUUAGCCCACAGCGCUGCGUGGCUUUCUGAACUUUUAUCGUCAUUGGUCCCCCUGUCGUCUGCUCCUCUCGCUGAACCUACGUUGGCUGAUUUUCUUAUAAAAGAGUACAAUACGCUAAAACCUGGAGAGCAGAUUGUGCUUGCCUUAGCAAAAACAUACUUCGAUACUCAGGAAUAUUCCAGAUGUGCCCACCUACUUUCCUCCCAUAUCGCAAGUCGACAACCGAUUCUGUACUUCUUAUAUGCCUUCGCGCGCUAUAUGGCAGUUGAAAAAAAUAAGACCGACAACGCACUAUCGGAGCGUAAGUAUUGGAAUUGGUCAACUAACUCCGAACCGCCUGAAAACUACGAAAGCUACCGUCGUGCCUUGUCAGAUCUUAAAUCCGAUAUGGAAUAUUUCUUCAUGCCCUCACAGCAAGUUACUGAAAAGAACUUGGAAUCUUUUCUGUCAUCUGGGAUCGACGGAUAUACUGCUUAUGUUUACGCCUUAGUUCGUAACCGUUUGGGUUCUCAAUCGAUGGCUCUCCGUGUCUUGACAUACGUGGUGAAAAAAGAUCCCACCAUGUGGCCGGCAUGGUCUGAAUUAAUAUUACUUUUGAAAGACAGGGAGCAACUGGAUCUUCUCUUUCCGGCUACGGGCUGUGCAACAGACUGGUUGAGUGAAUUCUUCCGUGCAAAGGCUCUCUUGCGCCUUCAGGAGGCUGAGCGUGCUCUGAGUAUUCUGCAGGAACUGGAAUCAAAAGGAUUUCGGAAUAGUUUAAAUUUGCAGGCCGAUAUUGCUGAGGCGUACGACCGUCUGCGGGACUUGGACUCUGCCAUGGAGCGGUUCAAGCAAUUGUUCACCGUGGAUCCGUAUCGGUUGACUGACACUGAUGUGUACUCAAACGUGCUGUUUGUCAAGGGCGAACACAACGAGUUAGCCUAUCUAGCGCGUCGUUGUGCCGAAAUUGACAAGUAUCGGCCGCAGACAUGUUGUGUUUUAGGAAAUUUCUACGGACUCCGUGGCCAACACGACAAGGCUGUUGUUUACUUUCAACGGGCCUUACGAUUGCAACCGCGUUACGCCUUAGUUUGGACUCUGAUUGAUAUCGCUUCCAUCUUUUACGUCUCCAAACUCAAAUUUGCUUUUCAUUUUUCUUUCAUAGGCCACGAGUAUGUCGAGCUGCGACAUCUGAAACUUGCUACCCAUGCCUAUAACCAAGCUAUCAUUCACAACCGCCACGACCAUCGAGCCUGGUAUGGCUUAGGCCAGUUAUACGAAUUUGUCAAGCAGCCAGAACACGCCCUGUACUAUUACAAGUACGUCCCUUCUUUCGUUUUUAUUAUUUUCCGUUAUCGGUCUGGGUAA